AAAAAAAAAAAAAAAACUUAAUCUACUAAUUUAAUUUAUCUUUUUUUUUUCUUUCUUUCUUCCUUCCUUCCUUUCUUUCCCUCCUUUUUGUUUUCUUCUUAAUUAUGAUGGGGAUAAUAACAAAAAUAGGUUCCUACUUGUUAUCGAUCGUCUUUACCGUCCUUCUCUCAAAGGUGGGCCAAAGUAUUGUUUGGAGUAAUAAGCGAGAGGAUGGUUCUACCAAAAGUCCUUGGGCACCAAGUCCUUCCAAUUUACCCUUUUUGACAAAGGGGCUAGAUGCAUUUCAAAGGGAAUCAUAUCAAGCUUUAACUCGCUGGUUUCAUGACUUGAAGGCUCCUAUCUACUCAGUUCAAUUAGGUUUAAAACGUAUUAUCGUCCUUAAUACUCCUCAAUUAGUUUAUCAGGCCCUGAUUGAGAAGGAACAGUUAAAUUCAUCUCGUAAUUCAUCAGACACCAUGGAGAGGAUCUUGAGUGAUCAAUGCAAGACGGUGUAUACCGCUCCAUUUUCACUUUAUUGGUCUCGUAUUCGACGUGCUAUUUAUCUUGUGAUUGGUCAGAAAUAUGUUGCGCAAUUCACUCCAUUCUUCAAGGAACAGGCGAAGAGAGUAUCGAUAGGGAUUGAGGAAAGUAUGACGAAUAAGGAAUCCAACUCACUUGAUACAGCUGAAUUGAGACAAUUAGUGGAUGUGAUUGCCAUGGAUACUGCCCUAUCUCUUGUUUUGGGUCGCCAUCAACAACAACAGCACUAUGAUCCUGCUGCCAUGCUGUCCUUGAUUCAAAAAUGUCAUGCCCUUGAAGCUCGUCAGACACGUAAAUACAAUCGUCUCGGUCAGUUCUAUCGUUUUAUCAAUGCUUGGUUAGAUGUCAAGAGUCUCUUUACAUUAGAUAGUAUCAAUAUUAAUCUUCGAAAUGGGAUCCUGGAAAUCCUUUAUCCAUGGUUUGAGCCUAUCUAUAAGAUACGGUCAAGCGAUGAAGAGAGACGUAAGCUCAAGUUGACCUCCAUUGCCACCAGUUUAUUAAACAUUGAUCCCUCCAAGAAUGAUCCUAACCCCGUUCAGUUGACAAAGGAUGAGAUCCUUGUGAAUGUCAUGCAUAUCGUCUUACAUGCUCAUACCUAUCUGGCUUCAUCCCUCUUUACCCUCAUUCAACGUUUAGCUACUGAACCUGAUUUUCAGAAUCGUCUACUGCAUAGCGACUCAUCGGAGGAGAGACUUCGUUUAGCCUCUGCCUUUGUCUCUGAGACCUUACGUCUAGAUCCACCUAACCGUCUCUUGGCGUAUGGUCCUCGCACUGAUUAUGACUUUGAGGCAGUCGAUGGUACCAUGUAUCGGGUUGAUCAAGAUACUGAUUUGGUCGUCAAUCUAGAUGCCAUUCAUCACGAUCCACAUUAUUAUUAUCCUAACCCGGAUACUUUUUAUCCCGAUCGCUUCUUAAAACCCGAAACUCACACAACAACCCUCCUUUCCAACUCGUCGUCGUCGUCGUCAUCCCCCAUCAAGCCAGCAAGGGAUCAUCUCGCCUUUGGUGCUGGACGUCGUGCCUGUUUAGGUAAAAGCGCUAGUGAGCAAUGGUUGGCUACGACUGUCAUUCAAUUGGUGAAAUCCUUUGAACUUCGAGGUGGUGAUGUAUCAGAGAAAAUUCAAGUGUCUACUAAUAUUUGGUCUUGGGUAGGUCGAACUGAAACGAAGGGGGAUACCAUUAAAUUUAUUAAACGAUAAAAAAAAAAAAAAUACCCAACUUAUUUGUUCAUCUAUUUUUAUACAAAUAUUUAUAUUAUGUUUCUUUUUCUUUUCUUUUUUCUCUAAAUAAUAAUAUUAAUUAUAUUCCACUACCAACUACUGCCAAUAAGUAAUUUUAAUAAAUAAAAUAAUAAUAAUAAUAACGAUCCUAUUUACAAGCAAGAAAACAC